AUGAAGCAGGCUCAGGAAGCAAAAGAUCCUCAACCCAGACUGGGUUCAUCAGGUGCGGUGAUUGGUUUCAUGAAGUGCAUGGAGGGGACCACUCCCCAACACUUUGACACCUUUGCUGCCUCCAACCUUGACCAUCAGAACCUCCUUGAGGGUUUGGACAACCCCUCCACUGAGAUGGAAGUGAAACACAUUCUGAUGGCUGGGUUAAGUUCCCACCUACUCACCCUUGAGGUAGAAGGCACCUUGGAGCAAAAGUGCAUGACCCAUCACAUCAUCUCCAUCUCUGACCUUAUUGUGCUCAUGUCCAAGAGGGUUGUUGCUUGUGCUGCACAGUUGGCGGCAUUCCAAGACCACCAGGCGGCAUCAGAGCCGCCUUUUUGCCCUACACCUGCCACCACGCCUUGA